UUCCCCUGCCUGCCAGGAGCUUCGACCACUUGGGCUGAAUCAGGAGCUGUAAAAAUGGCCAGAAUCAGGCUGCCUUUGCUGUUUGCUGGCAUUGUGCUUGCAAUCAUCUUAAUGCCAGAUUUUCUUGGGGCUGGUCCAGUGGGGUACCCAGAAAAGGAAGAAGUAGCUGAGGUUGCUGAAGACCAGCCGGCUAGCUCAUUAGCCCUGAGGAAACUGACACGCAAUAAGAGGAAUCCUGUUGCUUACUACAAACGCUUGCCUGAAUUCUGGGCCUGGUACAGAUAUUAUAUGGACACCCACAACCAGGAAGGAAUUGAGAGUUUGGACCAGCUCUACUUGAUCUACUUGCAGAAUAAGCACCGGGCUGAUGGGGACAAUUCCUACAAACAUUAUCUCACUCACCUGAGCGAGGUCUACAAAGCCUGUUCUAAAUCAGAUGACCCUGACUGCAUUCCAGAGUACACUAGCAAGCCCACAGCUAAGGUUGUUCUGCCUGCUGCUCUGAGGCAAGCGCCAGUAAAUGUGUGUAAUCCAUAUCUUGAUCCACACUGUAUCUUUUCUCUGGGCCCUCAAGCAGCACCUGAAAAUCCUCCUCCUGCUCCUGUUUCAGUUAAAUCUCCCAGUCCCUUUCGGCUUCCCUCGCCCAUAAAAUCCCCAUCUGGAUACCAUUACUAUGCCCCAGCAAUGGCACCUUUUCUUUCAAGCGAACAGUCAGCUGAGCUGCUUCGGAUCUGCAACCCGUCUGAUGUAGAGUGCUUGCAAUAUCACUUGCGUGCUUCUUAUGGUUACAGACCUGCUCUUACACCAGUGCCUUCCUAUGCCUACAUGGGGUGCGAUCCUACUAAAGACCCUUAUUGCAGGCCUACAAUGAUAGCCAAAACUCCAUCAGGUCUGUAUAAUGUAUACCCUCACUGUAACCCUGCUGUUGACCCUCUCUGUGUCAGUAAUGUAGCUCCAGCUUCCCAAACUGCUGAAGACACCCCUAAAGGGCAGUACUGCAACCCACUGCUUGACAAAGGGUGCAACCCACUCACAGCUAACAGGAUGGUCACACUUAAAUCUCCUGUGCAGCAGUAUGUGCCACAAGGUGAGCUGACCCCCCUUCACCUAUCUUCCCUAAUGCAACCAUUUCUGAUUAACCAACAAGGAAAGUCCAGUGCCACACCAGAGUGCCAUCCAUAUGACCCCAACUGUAGCAAUUUUUCUCCUCCGGCUUCCAUUGAGGCAGGUAAGAAUGUGCAAAAUGGCAUCAUCUUACCUCAUCCUGACUGCGAUCCUGAGAUUGACUACAAUUGCCGUCUGCGUCGUGCCGACCCCAAAGACAACAUAAAGAAUGAGCCGGAGAGUAGUGAUGAUGCGAGCAAUGCCAAUGUAGCACCACAAUACCAUGCCCCACGAUUCGAAGAUUUCCUUAGGGGGUACCUAGGUCACUAUAAGAAAUAAACAAGCCAUUAUCUGGUAACCUUUUAACACUGAACUUAGUUGCAGUGUUUCAAAAGAACUCACAAACAUGCUGAAGUGUGCAGGUCAUCAGAAACCUUCUUGUAAUGAAGCCAGAGCUCAUACUUCCAAACAGUCUAGAACAGAUGAAGAGGCCUGUGCUUUAUUGGUAAAAUUUCAACUCAACAUGUUCUGAAUUUAUGUGUAUUGCAAAUAGGAAGAUAAAAAAUAUAAUAUGAGCAACUUGCUUUUCUGGUCAAACUAGUCUUUUUUUGUUUUGUAAUUUUAAGCCCAUGCUCUCCUGAACAACAUUAAGUAUUGGC